AUGGGGGCGGAAAUUCCAAAGGAUGGAUUGAAGGAGAAACUCGACUAUCUUUCACUCGUAUCCAAGGUAUGUACCGAGUUGGAAUCUCACACCGGAACCGGCGACAAGGUUCUAGCUGAGUUUAUUACCGAUUUAGGUCACUCGUCGGAGUCUGUUGAAGAAUUUGAUUCUAAAUUGAAAGAAAACGGCGCCGAGAUGCCCGAUUAUUUCGUUCGAACUCUUCUCACCAUCAUUCAUGCUAUUCUUCCUCCUAAACCUAACAAGGAGAAGGAGAAUCAGAAGGAGACUGCUACGUCCAAGACUAAGUUUAAGGCGUUGUCGAUUUCAGAUGAUAGGGAUCGUGCUAAGGAGCUUAGGAACGAGAUUGAAGCCGAUGCUAGAGAUAAACAGAAGCAGAUGGAGCCGGAAAGGUAUGAAAAAGGUUGGGAUGAUGAUGAUGGUUAUAGAGAUAGGCGCAGAGAUAGAGAGAGAUACGAUAGAGAUGAUAAAAGGGAUUAUAGAAGGGGUAGUGAUAGAGAAAGAGGUAGAGACAGAGAUGAUAGAAGGGGGAAUGAUAGAGACCGAGAUAGGUACGAAAGAGAUGAUAGAAGGAGGAAUGAUAGAGAUAGAGAUAGAGAUAGGUAUGAAAGAGAUGAUAAAAGAGGGAAUGAUAGGGAUAAAUAUGAGAGGAGGAGGAGGGAUGGGAAUGAGGAGUAUGAACAUGGAAGGGAGGAGAAUAUUGAUGAGAAAGGUCGUAAAGAAAGAGAUUCGAGGCGUGAUGAUUCUGGUGAACCUGAGCUGUAUAUGGUUUAUAAAGGAAGAAUUUCUAGGGUCAUGGAUACUGGCUGUUUUGUUCAGUUGGAUGAUUUAAGAGGGAAGGAGGGUUUGGUUCAUGUUUCUCAGAUGGCUACUAGGAAGAUUGUUAAUGCUAAGGAAGUUGUUAAAAGGGAUCAGCAGGUUUAUGUGAAGGUGAUUUCUGUUUCUGGUUCGAAGUUAAGUCUUUCCAUGAGGGAUGUUGAUCAGCAUACCGGGAAGGAUCUUCUUCCGUUGAAGAAGAGCUCAGAGGACGAGGCUUUUAGGACAAAUCCACAAGAUUCGAAAGAUGGGCCGGUGGCUAGGACAGGCCUUUCUGGGAUCAGGAUUGUGGAGGAGAAUGAUAUUGGUUCUACGCGCAGGCCGCUUAAGAGAAUGAGCUCUCCUGAGAUAUGGGAAGCAAAACAGUUGAUUGCUUCAGGGGUUUUGAGUGUUUCGGAGUAUCCGACUUAUGAUGAUGAGGGAGAUGGAGUCAUGUACCAAGAGGAAGGCGCUGAAGAAGAGCUUGAGAUUGAGAUGAAUGACGAUGAACCCGCUUUCUUGCAAGGGCAGAGCAGGUACUCAAUGGAUAUGUCUCCGGUAAAAAUCUUUAAGAAUCCAGAAGGUUCUCUGGGUCGUGCUGCUGCGCUCCAAUCCGCGCUUAUAAAGGAGCGUAGGGAAGUAAGAGAACAGCAGCAGCGUACCAUGCUUGAUUCAAUUCCAAAGGAUCUCAAUCGUCCUUGGGAGGACCCUAUGCCAGAGUCCGGUGAAAGGCAUCUUGCCCAAGAGUUGAGGGGUGUUGGCCUAUCGGCCUAUGAUAUGCCAGAAUGGAAGAAAGAUGCCUAUGGGAAAACCAUUACUUUUGGCCAAAGGUCAAAGCUUUCUAUUCAGGAACAGAGGCAGAGUUUGCCAAUUUACAAGUUAAAAAAAGAACUGAUUCAAGCUGUCCUAGAUAAUCAGGUCUUGGUUGUGAUUGGUGAAACUGGUUCAGGUAAGACUACGCAGGUCACCCAGUAUCUUGCUGAAGCAGGUUAUACCACCAGAGGUAAAAUUGGAUGUACUCAACCCCGUAGAGUGGCUGCAAUGUCCGUUGCAAAGAGAGUUGCAGAAGAGUUUGGGUGUAGAUUAGGAGAGGAAGUUGGUUAUGCCAUUCGGUUUGAGGAUUGCACCGGACCUGAUACUGUAAUCAAGUACAUGACUGAUGGUAUGCUUCUUAGGGAAAUUUUGGUUGAUGAGAAUCUGUCACAGUAUAGUGUUAUAAUGCUUGAUGAAGCACAUGAGAGAACUAUUUAUACUGAUGUUCUUUUCGGACUGCUCAAGCAGCUGGUGAAGCGGAGACCUGAGUUGCGAUUGAUUGUCACAUCUGCUACUCUUGAUGCUGAAAAGUUUUCAGGAUAUUUCUUUAACUGUAACAUCUUCACAAUUCCUGGGAGAACUUUUCCUGUAGAGAUACUCUAUACCAAACAGCCCGAAAGCGAUUACUUGGAUGCAUCUCUGAUCACUGUUCUACAGAUUCACUUGACAGAACCUGAAGGAGACAUUCUUCUCUUCUUAACUGGUCAGGAGGAGAUUGAUUUUGCUUGUCAGUCUCUCUACGAGAGAAUGAAGGGAUUAGGUAAGAAUGUCCCAGAGCUGAUCAUUUUACCUGUUUAUAGUGCCCUUCCUAGUGAAAUGCAAUCUAGGAUAUUCGAUCCCGCUCCUCCUGGGAAAAGGAAAGUGGUUGUGGCUACAAACAUUGCUGAAGCUUCUUUGACUAUUGAUGGGAUAUUUUAUGUUAUUGAUCCGGGGUUUGCUAAGCAAAAUGUUUAUAACCCGAAGCAAGGUCUUGAUUCCUUGGUGAUAACUCCAAUAUCACAAGCCUCAGCCAAACAAAGAGCUGGACGUGCAGGGCGUACUGGACCUGGAAAGUGCUAUCGCCUCUAUACUGAGAGUGCAUAUAGGAAUGAGAUGUCACCUACUUCUGUUCCAGAAAUUCAAAGGAUAAAUCUGGGAAUGACUACUCUUAGCAUGAAAGCCAUGGGCAUAAAUGAUCUUCUGUCAUUUGAUUUUAUGGACCCACCAUCACCCCAAGCACUUAUUUCCGCCAUGGAGCAGCUUUACAGUCUUGGAGCAUUGGAUGAAGAGGGCCUACUAACCAAAUUGGGGAGAAAAAUGGCUGAAUUUCCUCUGGAUCCACCACUGUCCAAGAUGCUAUUUGCCAGUGUUGACCUUGGAUGCAGUGAUGAGAUAUUGACCAUAAUUGCCAUGAUCCAGACUGGCAACAUUUUUUACAGGCCCAGGGAGAAACAGGCUCAAGCAGAUCAGAAAAGGGCAAGGUUUUUCCAGCCAGAGGGUGACCAUCUUACAUUACUUGCUGUUUAUGAAUCAUGGAAAAAUAAAAACUUUUCUGGACCCUGGUGUUUUGAGAAUUUUGUUCAAUCUCGGUCGUUGAGAAGAGCCCAGGAUGUUAGGAAACAACUUCUCACCAUCAUGGAUAAGUACAAAUUGGAUGUUGUGAGUGCUGGAAAAAACUUCACCAAGAUUCGGAAGGCUAUCACUGCCGGGUUCUUUUUUCAUGCCGCUAGAAAGGACCCCCAAGAAGGUUACAGAACACUAGUUGAGAAUCAGCCUGUAUAUAUCCAUCCAAGUUCAGCUUUGUUCCAGAGGCAGCCAGACUGGGUCAUAUACCAUGAGCUUGUAAUGACAACUAAGGAAUAUAUGCGCGAGGUCACAGUCAUAGACCCCAAGUGGCUUGUUGAGUUGGCUCCUAGAUUCUUUAAAGUGGCAGAUCCUACAAAGAUGAGCAAACGAAAGCGCCAAGAGCGUAUUGAACCACUUUAUGAUAGAUACCACGAGCCAAAUUCAUGGCGUUUGAGUAAACGCCGUGCAUGA